GUUGGCGGCGGCCCGAGCUCGCCGGAAAGUUGGUGCCGGCUGAGCCGGCGGCGCCCGCUCGCCAUGCAGAGACCCAGCGGCCAGGGGACCGCCUUCUCCAUCGACUCGCUCAUCGGGACGCCGCCGCCGCGCUCCGGGCACCUGCUCUACACCGGCUACCCCAUGUUCAUGCCGUACCGGCCGCUGGUGCUGCCGCAGGCGCUGUCCCACGCGCCCCUGCAGUCGGGGCUGCCGCCGCUGGCGCCGCUGGCCUCCUUCGCCGGCCGCCUCACCAACACCUUCUGCGCCAGUCUGGGCCAGGCCGUGCCCUCCAUGGUGGCGCUCACCACGGCCCUACCCAGCUUCUCUGAGCCCCCCGACGGCUUCUACCCGCCGCAGGAGCUGCCCCCGCCGCGCGCCAACCCCGACGCCGGCUGCCGGCGGGGCGCCGAGGGCCUGGAGGCGGAGGAGCUGCCCCCGGGACGCGACAAGGGGCCGCCCGAGCCGCCGCUGCACUUCCCGGACCCCUUCCCUAGCCUGGCAGACGGGAAGGCGUACAGCUCGGACGAGGAGAAGCUGGAGGUGAAGUCGGCGGCCACGCCGUGCAGCGAGCGGGAGGAGGAGAGCUCGGCGGGCGACAGCGAGGAGGAGCCCUUCCUGGACGGGCCGGCCGCCGCCGCGCUGGGCACCAAGGGCAAGGGCAAGGGCGGCCCCGCGGCGGAGCAGACCCCGCCGGGCUCCGGGGCCGGCAAGAGCCGCCGGCGGCGCACGGCCUUCACGAGCGAGCAGCUGCUGGAGCUGGAGAAGGAGUUUCACUGCAAGAAGUACCUGAGCCUGACGGAGCGCUCCCAGAUCGCGCACGCCCUGAAGCUCAGCGAGGUGCAGGUGAAGAUCUGGUUCCAGAACCGCCGCGCCAAGUGGAAACGCAUCAAGGCGGGCAACGUGAGCAACCGCUCAGGCGAGCCCGUCCGCAACCCCAAGAUCGUGGUGCCCAUCCCGGUGCACGUCAACCGCUUCGCCGUGCGCAGCCAGCACCAGCAGAUCGAGCAGGGCGCCCGGCCCUGAGCGCCGUCGGGGCUCUCGGACCCUGGGGCGGGCGGGCCGCCGGCAGCGGGCGGGGGCCGGGGCAGCGGGGCCGUCCGCUCGCAUUCCUCUGUACAUGUCCCUUAUUUAUUCCGUGUAAACUCUGUACAUACGGCAGCGAGUCCGUCUGUCCGAGCCGCGGGGAGCGCGGGCCCCCGCCUGUCCUGGCCCUGCCUCCGGCCGCGCCGCGCCGGGCCGGGGCCGCGCUGUACAGGAGCGCCCGCCCAUGUAUAGCUGUGAUUUCAAUAAAUUAUUUUCUAUGGAGCCACGCGAGGGUCUU